UUCAAACCAGACAAAAUGGCUACGUUUGUGCUGCUUUGUGCACAAAUGAAAAACUGAGUGAAAUCAGGCCUCAGUUGGGCUGAAGGCCAAUGAGUGAAAAUAAGUUUUCAGCUUUUGAAGCUCAACAUUUAAGCUGUAGCUGCUGUGACCUUUGACCCGAGUCCUAGUUGUUCUGGACGUUUCCUCUGUUAAGGCAACAUUUCUGUAACUGUUGACUGAAAAACUUUUUGGAAUAUUUCAUGUUUGGGUUUCAACAAAAUGAAUCUAAAGGUUUUAUUGAUUAUUGAAACAAAAUUUCAACAAACACUUUGGAAGAGGAAACCAGACUUUAAGCAAUAUUUGCAUCCAGUUGGACAUAAAUGACAGAAGUUUUCUCCUCUGAAAUAGUUGAUUAUUAAAUAAAUAUUUUUUACGAGUCCAUAAUGUUAUUACUGUUUUUUGUUCUCAUGGUUUUUUAUUGCUCACAUGUUAACAUGUGUUUUUGUUCUUCACAAACAUAAAAACAAUCUUCCUGCUGUGACCGUCUCUGUUGGCGCCUCCAUGUUUCCUGACCUGGUGGUUCCAGGUUCUGGUCCUGGUUCUGGUCCUGGUCCUGGUUCUGGUUCUGGUUCUGGUCCUGGUUCUGCGGGUCGUUGACCUUUCUGGUUAGUGACCGAUAAGGAGUGACUCCCACUGUUCCAGGAUUCCGACUGGAUGGUUCCUCCUCCGCCUGCUGCUGAGGGAAGUUACACACGGUUACACCGGAAAACCGGUGGUAUCUUCAAAAUAAAAGCACGAGGAAAACCCCAGAGGGACUUUAAUCUGCUUCCUUUUACUGAUUUUCUACUUGAUGCUGAAAUAAUUUUCUGAAAUUUUCAACAAAUAAAAAUAAGGCAUAGUAAAAUGUAAUGAAAUACAAAAGUUGUAGCGGAUAAUUUUUCCUUUUAAUUUGAAAAACGGAAGUGCGCUGCUUGCCGUUGCAGGGCAUUUGACGUCAGCUCCUGUUUGAGGCGGGAUCCGCUGAUGGGAACUGAGUCAGAACUUCCCGGACCCUAACCCUACCCGAACAUUCCUCCUGAAAGCAGCUGGGUCACGUGACUGAACCGAACCGGCCCGGGAAGACCGAGGUUCGGGAACCUAACGAGUAGCGGUGGGUCGCGGGUUUUCUCGCGUGAUUUUUCUUUGGACCAAAGUGGAAAAAGUUGUGGUUCGGGUCUGAAUCCGCCUGGUUCCGACUGGAAACGGACCGAAGGCUCAGCAGGAAAGUUCUGAUGGUUCUGAUCCAACUUCAGGUUAUGCCAGGCUGCUGCGGGCUCUGAGGCGGCCAUGACGGUCCUGAUGCGUCCUGACGGGGACCCGGCGGCGCUGCGGGUCGACCCGGCCGACCUCCCGGCUCUGGAGAUCAAACUGGUGGCGCUGGUGGUUCUGCUGUCCGUCACGCUGCUGUCCGGGUUCGUCCCGCUCUGUGUCGUCAGGCCAGGCGGCCGCUGCGGCGCGGACCCAGAGCGGCGGCGCCGCCUGCUGGCCCUGAUCAGCUGUUUCUCUGGAGGCGUCUUCAUGGCCACCUGCCUGCUGGACCUGCUGCCCGACUUCCUGCAGAGCAUCGGCGAGGCGUUCAGGGACGCUGGGAUCAAACUCCAGUUCCCUCUGCCGGAGUUCAUCGUGGCCAUGGGGUUCUUCCUGGUUCUGGUUCUGGAGCAGAUCGUCCUGGCCUUUAAGGACCAGGCUCCGCCCCAGCUGGAGGAGCGCCGGGCCCUGGUGACGGACUCCGACGCCCCGGCGGCGGGCGGCCCGGCCCAGCGCCGCAGAGGCUCCGCGGAGCCGGCGGGUCCCCUGCACGGCGCCCCGGGCGCCCAGCCGGCGCUGCGGGCCUUCGUGCUGGUGUUCUCGCUGUCGCUGCACUCGGUGCUGGAGGGGCUGGCGGUGGGGCUGCUGCCGCGCGGCCAGGAGGUGCUGCAGGUCUGCCUGGCGCUGCUCAUCCAUAAGAGCGUCAUCGCGUUCUCGCUGAGCGCCGCGCUGUCCCAGGGCCGGCUGCGGCGCGCCGUGGUGUCCGGCGGCCUGCUGGCUUUCGCGGUCAUGUCGCCGCUGGGCAUCGCGCUGGGCGUGGCGCUCACGGAGAGCCGGAUGUCGCCGCAGCACAGGCUGGCCCGCUGCACGCUGCAGGGGCUGGCGGCCGGCAGCUUCCUCUACAUCACCUUCAUGGAGAUCCUGCCGCCCGAGCUGGCCGCCGGCCGCGGCCGCGUCCCCAAGGUGGCCAUGAUGCUGCUGGGCUUCGCCGCCGUCACCGGGGUGCUCUUCGUCAAGCUGUAACCAUGGCGACGGGGAGAACCAGAACCUCUGGCUUGGACUGAUGGAGGAGAGCAUCUGUCUGCCACACAGGAUCUUUGUUCCAAUGACGGUCAGAGUUUCACAAAGCGGAUUUUCAUCAAAGUGAUGAUUCAUCAACCUGCUGCCGCCACGUCAUAAACCACAUGAUCACUUCCUGUA